GAGCUGUGACCCGACCAUGGCGUCCUUGCUGGACUACGAAGUAGGAGCUGCCAGAAAACAUGUUUCUUGGAGAACAUAUCUGCUCCUCUUUAGUGUCUUAGCAGUUUUGAAGGCGCCGCAGCCAGUUCUUGCCAAAAAGGACAAUCUCAGAGAGAUCACAGACGGCAACUGGGAAGACAUACUGACUGGAGAAUGGAUGAUAGAAUUCUUUGCCCCGUGGUGUCCGGCAUGUCGGCAGCUGCAGCCAGUGUGGGGGGAGUUUGCCGAGUGGGGGGACGAUCUGGGGAUCAACAUUGCCAAGGUGGAUGUCACUGAACAGCCAGGACUCAGUGGACGAUUCAUCAUCACCUCCCUGCCCACCAUCUACCACUGUAAAGAGGGAGUGUUCCGGCGAUAUCAGGGCCCUCGGACCAAAGAUGACUUCCUGAGCUUCGUCGACGAGAAGAAAUGGCAGACCAUAGAUCCAGUGUCUUCCUGGUUUGGUCCCUCCUCCCUCAUGAUGAACACCAUGUCUGCGCUCUUCAAGCUCUCCAUGUUCAUACGGCAUUGCCAUAACUACCUGACAGAACAGCUGGGGAUUCCUGUGUGGGGCUCGUAUGUCAUCUUUGCCCUGGCCACCCUCUUCUCUGGCCUCAUCCUGGGACUGAUAUUGGUGUUCGUUGCUGACUUUGUCUUCCCAUCCAGGAGAUUCCAAAGUAAUUACUACCAAAGGAAGCAGCUGUCAGAGCAGGCUCGUCUGCAACAGCAGCUGGAGGACGAGCAGAUGGCAGACGGAGAGGAGGAGGAUGAGGAGGACGACGAAGACGAGGAGGAGGAUGAGCGAGGCUCCAGGGAGCAGCUGUGGCACCACAAGGCCUCGGCCGACGGGCGGCCCGACACCUUCGGGGAUGAAGCCCUGCGGAGGAGGGUGCUAGCAACACGCAGAGAGCAGGAGGAGGAGGAGGAGGAGGAGGAGGACACCUAGAGCAGCCCACUGCUAACACUGACGUUGCUAUUGGGCUCAUUCGUGAUGGGGCAGGCUGCAAAAAAAUCUGCGCAAAGUGCAUGCGCACUGCGAAAUGACAACGCAUUUUGGUUAGGAAUUUCGAACCAAGAAUGUAUUGUGAUUGCGUGGUGCGCAUGCUCGCUGUGCAAAUUUGCGCAGCAUGAGGCAUCUCAAACGGCCGCCGCCGCCGCUGCCAUUGGCAACCCCAGAUGUAAACACAGGCCUCACCACGGAAAACUUCAAUCAGCAGCUUUGUUGCAGUUAAGGUUUUUUUUUUUUUUUUUUUUUUUUAAUAAAUGGUUGAAGGGGUGAGGCGGUGGUACCUCCAAGAUGCACACACGGACCUAACCAUGAAACCACGGCAACUUCAAUCAGCAGCUUUGAUUUGUUUAUUUUCUCUUUUCCUUCUUUGUUUUUUUCUUAUAUAGCAGGGAGGCUGAAGAAGCGAUGGCAUCCCAAGGUGUGAAGAUUAAGUAAACAGACAGACAUGCACAGCAGCACCGAUACAAGUGCAAUGGCACAGUGCAGACGUAGCCGAUGUGAAAAGCCGCGUUUACAGAGAUGGUGCCGACAAUAAGGCCCAUUACGACACUCCCCGCGCCAACGUCUCUUGUCUCUGCAUUGCUCUAUCCCUUUUAUUUUCUUAUUCUUUACUUCUGUUAAUAUCUGUUUUUCUCCUCUAUCUUUCUGUGUGUAUUCUAUAUUAUUUAUUUUCAUUCUUUAUUUUCAUUCUUUUUUUUGUACCUGUUAAAUCCUGUGCCACCCAAACACAUCCUCUCUGUACAAAUGUGACGACUUUAAACAUCAUUAAUAUAUACUUUUUUUUCGUUAAUGAAAACUAAAAUGAAGAGGAUAAGAAGGGUGUUGCCUGAGAUUGGUUUAGGAGUCUUUUCUUUUAUGUUACAGUUCAGUUUGUUUUGUGUUUUGCAUCACCUGCUCAAGUGUUACGGUUCAUGGACCCAGCUCGAUACUCUAUGCAUCACGUUACUCUUUGCUUGUGUGUCUUGAACCUUUGUCAUUCCACAUAUUUGUCAAUACCUUUUUGAACAUUGUGAGAAACCUCCGAUACAGCAUACACUUUCAUUUGAGUAUGCACAUGUAGAGACAAGCACUCCUCUCCUUCUUGCCCAGGGCUUGUUCAAAGCAUCACCCUCCUUACUUGACUGUGUGUGCGUGUGAGUGUGAGUGUGAGUAUAUGAGCGGGUGAGUGUGUGAAACAUUAGUUGUCUACAUCUGUGGGUUGGGGGGUGGGGAUGACUUAAGUAGGAGUUGUAGUACAAAAGUAGUUGUAAUACAGAAGAACUAUUUUUAACUGUCGUUGGAUGACACAAAGGGUUAACAAACAUUGCACUGCUCCCUGAACCAAACCAAGGGACUCUGGCAAGUGCCACCUUUUCACUGGGGUUGGCUUACCACUGGUCAAAAAGUGUGUGGCUUCAAGGCCUUAAAGCGUUUUCUUCUAACCCUGCACCUUUCCUCCUGGAGCACAAUGUAAAGAAGACCCGUUUGGAGAUGCAGGAAAAGAAGGCAGAGGGAACCUAACGUACACUAUGCCACUCUCUUAAAUUUCAUCCAGCGCCUCUAUGUAGUGUCCACUAGGGUGGGGGCCCUAACCAGACUUUUGCUGCCUAAUGUUUUUUUUUGUUGUAUUUAUUAUUAUUCAUGCUUCACGCAUGUUGUUUCUUAUGAGGCGUCUUGAAAGGUGCAGAGGUGUGGUGUCAGAAGUAAAAGAAGUUAAUUCAUGGUGCAAAUACAACACCAGUUUUUGAUAACAUAGUUGUUACACCGGUUAUUCCACUGCACCUACUGAUGUGGAUGCUCUGUGUUGCAGACAAAAAAAAAAAACGUGUUUUAUCUGAAUCAGGUAAUUGGGUCUGAAUCAGGUAAUUUUCACAGAGGUACUGUAGUCUACAGAUCAGUUCUUCUGUGAAGUCACCUGUGCUGGAAGGAAACUCAUAAACUUUGACCUUUGGCACCACUGGAAAGAUGUUUAGGAAUCACCUCACGGCUCAAAAAAAGUCCCUGUGUUGGAAGACAACCGUGACGGGAGUUUUAUUUCUUAAUUGGAUUUUUGACACCUGCAAAAAAAAAAAAUCCAGUGUUUUGGCUCAAGUGUAGACUGAUUAAGAUGCUUAUACCAAUGGGCGGUUUAAUUUAAUUGACAAGGACCACUUGUUGGGUCCAGGAUCAAAGUAUGAGGCUUGUGCGUGUGGGUGUUUGUUCAGAAAUCCUUCAGAAGCAACAUUUGACCAGAAACUUGCAAAAAAAAAUAUGUUUGAGCUUUUUAUUUUGAAUGUACUGCUUGUAAAUCAUAAAGAGGUUUUUGCCGCUUGUAUAUGAA